AUGGGAAGCUCAAGCUCAAGAACUCCAUCACUCUUUGGCUGCAUCUUCAUCUGCGCAGUCCUGGCCGCCCAUUUGGUAGUGAUUGCUUCAGCUUCGGCCGUUGAUUUCAGCGGGGGCCACCAGCUGGGCGACCUGAGCUGGGCUUCGACGAGAUCGGCGGCGGGGGGACUAAUAACUGACGAGGACGAGGAUGCGGAGAUGCAGAUGGACUCGGAGAUCAACCGGCGCAUCUUAGCCACGAGCAGGUACAUUAGCUACGGUGCGUUGAGGAGGAACACUAUCCCCUGCUCGCGACGUGGCGCGUCCUACUACAACUGCCGACCUGGGGCUCCGGCAAAUCCCUACCGUCGCGGCUGUAGCUCCAUUACUCGCUGCAGGCGCUAA